AAAAAUAUUUCUCCUCUUGCGCCCAUGGAUCCUGCAGUAAUUCGUCCUCUCAAAUGCAGAGGUCCUUGUUGUUCGAAGUCGGCGGCGCCGCCUCCGCCUCCGCAAACUCCACCGGCAAAGGCAGCGGAACCACCGCCUCCACCCCCGCCACCCCAGCCGGUACAGGAACCCGCCGCACGUCCGCCACCGCCGCCGCCUCAGCUGCAAAUGGAGCCACCUAUGGAAAUCAUGCAUAGGCCACAGAUGGAAGUUCUGUCGCCGCCGCCGCCGCACGGCCAGCCGUUGUUCAACCUCAGAGCGCCGCCGGCGCACAUGAGAGGAUACUGGGACGGGAUCGAACACCUUUCGAGGAUCCCUAGGUUGGAAAACAUUGAGAUGACGGUGGCAAGGGGAUAUAAGGUGAAUUUCCGAGAUUACCCUUGUGAUUUCCACCACGAUUCUCGCAACGCCCGUAACUGCCAGCCACACCCUUCAACUCCGCUCCCGGUGGAGUACAGCUCCCACCAGUACCAUUGUGGGCCUCCGCCGCCACCGGGAAACUUCCAGGGUCCACCGCCGCCGGGAAACUACCAGGGUCCGCCCCCGCCGCCACCAUCAAAUGGUUAUUACCAGACGUAUCAGUAUAACUAUUUUAGCGAUGAGAAUCCGAAUGGUUGCACGGUAAUGUGAUUUUUUUUUCAUUUAUUUUUUCAUCAUUUAUUCGAUUUUUUUCUGAAGGUAUCAUUUAUUCGAAUAUUGAAUGCACUUUUCUUUACAGCAUAUCCCACUCCCUAUUUCUGUUUUCUUUUUUAUAGUUUCAUUUUUUUUUGUAUCAAACAUUAAUUUGAUCAAUAAUACAGAUUAAAUUCAUCCUCCUAUCAUAUUGUAUCAGUCUAAUUUAAAUUUUUCAAAUUAAAUAAGAACUUUCAUCAUCAAUAACUAAUUUUAAUGUGU